AUGGAGUUGAUAAAUGAUUUCCUCAAUCUAACUGCGCCUUUCUUCACCUUCUUUGGUCUCUGCUUCUUCUUGCCUCCUUUUUAUUUCUUCAAGUUCUUGCAAUCUAUUUUCUCGACCAUUUUCUCGGAAAAUCUUUACGGGAAAGUGGUUCUCAUCACUGGCGCUUCCUCCGGCAUAGGCGAGCAAUUGGCAUAUGAGUACGGGAGUAGAGGUGCAUGUUUGGCCCUGACCGCCCGUAGGAAGAACCGUUUGGAGGAAGUAGCAGAGAUUGCCCGUGAAUUGGGAUCUCCUAAUGUUAUCACCAUUCAUGCUGAUGUCUCCAAGCCUAACGAUUGUAGAAAAGUCGUCGAUGACACCAUCUCCCAUUUUGGCAGAAUGGAUCAUUUGGUCAACAACGCUGGGAUAAUACAAAUUUCGAUGUUUGAGAACAUUGAAGAGAUAAGCAGGACAAAAGCAGUUAUGGAUACUAACUUUUGGGGAUCGGUUUAUACAACUCGUGCUGCGCUUCCGUACCUUCGACAAAGCAAUGGUAAGAUUGUGGCUAUGUCGUCCUCUGCAGCUUGGCUAACCGCUCCAAGGAUGAGUUUUUACAAUGCAAGCAAAGCAGCUUUGUUGAGCUUCUUUGAGACGAUGAGGAUUGAGCUUGGUGGUGAUGUACAUAUUACAAUCGUCACACCUGGUUAUAUCGAAUCCGAACUCACACAAGGCAAAUAUUUCUCUGGUGAAGGGGAGUUGGUAGUCAACCAAGACAUCAGAGAUGUUCAAAUAGGAGUAUUUCCAGUAACAUCCGCAUCAGGAUGUGCCAAGGGGAUCGUGAACGGCGUGUGCCGGAAACAGAGAUACGUGACGGAGCCAUCGUGGAUUAAAAUGACAUACCUUUGGAAAGUGUUUUGUCCGGAGUUGAUUGAGUGGUUGAGCCGAUUACUGUUCAUGACCAAAGCUGGUACGUCAGAGGAAAAUGCACUCAACAAGAAGAUCGUGGACAUUCCUGGUGUACGUAAUGUUUUGUACCCAGAAUCAAUUAGAACUCCAGAAAUCAAGUUGGAGUAG